GCAAAAUUAUAAACAGCCGUAAAACCCUAGCCUACGUGCGAAACAUUUGGAGGAACCUUCCAGAGCAGCAUGAUAAUUCUGUCAUAAUUGAAGAAACUAAUUCGGCUUCAGCAAGACAUGUGUCAUUUUAAAUAUUGAAGCUGUUGCGGAUUUACUAAAGUAAUACACAGGGCACUUAAUCAGUUUUGUUUUUUGUUUUGCUUAGAAUGUUGAAGCAAUAUAUGUGCUUAUAGUGUGCUAAACAUGAGUAUGCCAAAUGAUAGAUUGGUUGAAUAUUUCUUCAUAUGUGGCAUCAAUUAUUCAAAUGGGCUGCGAGAUGACUACAUUGCAGACAAAUCGGUACCCUCUGAGCCCCCUGGAGCGGUCCUAUGCUGCGGAGGUGCUGGGCCAUUACCCGGAGUCCAGGAGUGAGCAGUCCUUUGACCCGGAUGCCACUCGCAUGCUGGCGCUGCCGCGCGGUCUCCAGUUCCGCACCCAGAAGCACAGCCUGGCACCAGCGUUCCACAGCUUCGUCGUCACGCGCGAGGAUGGCAGUCGACUGUACGGCUUCGCGUACACGUUCUUCGAGCGGGUCGACGACCGCGCCACGUGUGACGUCAUGCACACACUGCAGUCGCGGCACCUGGCCGAGGUGUCGAGCGCCCAGACGUCCGGCCAGUCGGGCACGUCUCGCUCCCUGCCCCGACACUUCAAGCUGGCCACCAAGCUGACCACGCACGCCCAGAGCUACUACGACGUCACCAAGGACCAGCUGUACGCCUGCAAGUGCAUCGGUCUGCUGAUGAUGCAGCCCUACCUGCAGGUGGCCAGGGUCUUCCUCACGCGGCUCUAUAGGCACUCACGGUCGCCCAGCAGCUCGCUGCCGCUGGAGGCGUACGUGGCGCAGCUGCUGUUCGGGCUGUCGGUGCCGCCGCCGGGGCGCAGCUCGCGCCUGCCGCUGCUGGGCGCCGAGUGCGUGCUGCAGCGGCCCACCGUGGCAGAACUGCCCGUGUUUGAGUACCCGCUCCGCGAGCUCUUCACCAUGGUCGGCGUCGAGAAGAUGAUACAGAUCCUGUCCUGCAUGCUGCUCGAGCACCAGAUCGUGUUGUACGCGCACGACCACUACAAGCUGAUGCUGGUGGCCGAGUCGCUGUCGGCGCUGCUGUUCCCCUUCAGCUGGCCGCACGUGUACGUGCCGGUGCUGCCGGCCUCACUGGCGCACUUUCUGGACGCGCCGGUGCCGUACCUGAUGGGCCUGCACGGCUCGACCCGGCCCAGCCAGCAGGACGGCGCGGCCAACGCCUGCCUGCUCGACCUCGAGGGCGACGAGCUGGAACUGCCCGAGGAGCUGCCGCAGUUCCCCAGCCGUCAGGAGCUGGUGCUGGAGCUGACCGAGCAGCUGGCGCGGUUCAACGUGCAGACCCACCAUCUGGACAGGAACUGCAACGAGCGGAUGCGCUCUGUGGGCACGGCCGGGCGCCGCUCGCGCCGCCGCAAGCCCUCUUGGACGGCGGCCGAGCCAGAGACGGCGGCCGCCACCGGCCCGGACCACGCUGAGCCGACCCGGACCGAGCCCGGGACCGACACCGAGCUCAGGCACAAGUCCGAGGGCCCCGGCCCCGGCUCUGGCUCUGGCUCUGGCUCCAACCCCAGCCCGGCCGAGCCGUACCCCGGCCAGAGCGAGAGUAUGCGUCGCAUCGCGCAGCUCGUCAAGGAUGCUGGUCUUGACCCGGAAAAGCUGUCACUGAAAGCUUCAUCUCGUCGUCUUUCUGACGGUGAUCAGUACAUCGAAGAUCAAAAAUGCAAUAACGCGAUACGAGAGAUAUUCCUCAACCGUUUCGUUCAUAUCUUUCACACAUAUGAGCAUUUUGUCAUCCAGCCGGAUCAAGACAUGGAGUCGUGGCUAUACAACCGCGAGUCCACUCAGAACUUCGACAAGGUGACGUUCCUGUCGGACCAGCCGCACCAGGACCUGCCGUUCCUCUCGCGCUUUAUCGAGACGCAGAUGUUCACCUCGUUCGUCGACAACAAGAUCCUGUCCAGCUGGGGCGAGGUGGAGCCGGCGCUGCGCGUCUUCGACUCCCGUAUUCGCCGCAUCAGGACGGAGAGCGAGGGCCUGGUGCGCACGCCCUCCUACGAGCGCUGCUCGACCAUCAGCGAGACAGAGCGCAUCCUGGAGCGGCGGCUGCGCGCCUGCCUGAGCGGUCGCUUCCCGCUGCUGGACGCCGAGCUGGUGGCCUCGGGCGCCGCCGGCGACGAGCGGGGCGGCGACUUGGAGUCGGCCGUGUCGCUGCGUCGCCGCGAGCGCCAGCGCGUCUUCUCCGAGGCCCGCCAGCAGCUGCAGAGCUCCGCGCCGCUCAUCGCCAAUACAUCGCUGGCCGCCAUGCGUGAAAACAACUGGAAGUUUGUCGACCAGGCGCUCAAGGAGUGCAAGAGCCGCACCAAGCGCAUGCUGGUGGAGAAGAUGGGCACUGAGGCGGCGGCGCUGGGUCACGGCGAGGCCAGCAUCGUCGGCGUCGAGGAGAACACGCUGAUUGCUUCGCUGUGCGACCUCAUGGAGCGCAUCUGGAGCCACGGCCUGCAGAGUAAACAGGGCAAGUCGUCGCUGUGGUCGCACCUGCUGAACUACCAGGAGCUGGAGACUUGCAAGGACGCGUCGCAACCGAUCGACUCCAACUUCCUGAGCCCAGCCGAGCCAGCGGCGGCCGCCAGCCAGAGCAUCGCUGACCUCUUGGCGGUCGUCAGAAAGGGCGGCAUGGCUGACAUCGUGAAUCACAUAGCUGAUGUCAUAGAUCUGUCCUCGAUGUCGCUGGAGCCGGACUCGACGCCGCCUUCGCCGUCGCGGUCGUCGCGCAGCGGCAGCGGCGGCGGCGGUGGCGGUGGCGGUGGCGAUGGGCCCCGCUCGCCAGCUUCGCCCGAUCCCCUCAAGCCUCUGCCCGUCGCCAUCACGUUCGACAUGAGGAACGUGCUGGCAAUGAGCGAGAUCAAGACAGAGAUCGGCUACGCCAGGGCGUGGGUACGGCUCUCGCUGGAGAAGAAGCUGCUCUCCAAACACCUGCGCGCCCUGCUCUCCGACAACGAGCUGCUCAGGAACCUUUACAAGCGGUACGCCUUCCUGCGCUCUGAAGAGGAGCGGGAGCAGUUUCUGUGCCACCUGCUGUCGCUGAACGCCGUCGACUACUUCUGCUUCACCACAUCGUACCCGAAUACUGUGAUAACGUACCGCGUGGUGAUCUUCACGACCAAGAAGACGUCGGCGGCGACGACGACAGCGAAUGCCUGGGUGCGCGUGUCGGGCUCGUUGGCUGAGACCGGUCCGCUACCGCUGCCCAAGGGCGCGCGGCACACGACAUUCAAGCACAAGAACCUCGGCCUGCUCACCACCGUGCAGCUGGGCCACGACAACACGGGCAUGUCGCCCAACUGGCUGGUGGAGCACGUGGUCGUGCGCAGCGAGGUGACCGGCCAGACGUACAAGUUCGCGUGCGGCCGCUGGCUGGGCCGCAGCAUCGACGACGGCAGCACGGAGCGCGUGCUGGUGGGCGAGCCGGUGUCGGCGGACGUGCCCGCCGAGCGGCUGGCGUCCGUGUGCAGCACGCCGCCGCGCUGCCGCAGCCCCAGCGUGCCGCGUCGGCCGCACACCGACGCCAGCUCCGUCCAGCACGCCCUAGGGGACGCCGUCAACAGUAUCGUCAAGUACUUCCACCGUCCGGAGAAGGAGCGCGGCUCGCUGACGCUCCUGCUGUGCGGCGAGAGCGGCCUCGUGCCCUGCCUCGAGCAGGUCUUCGGCUAUGGCUACCGGUCCAGUCGGCUCUUCGGCAAGAACUUCUACCUCUGGGACUACCUCGGGCGGGUGCAGCUGGCGCUGGAGGCCGAGUUCCUGGACCGGGAGGGCGAGCUGCCGGCAGAGCUGGCCACCAAGGUGGCCAUCUGCCGGCUGGUGUACGAGAUCGACCAGGCCGGCAGAGCCAUGGGCAAGGACGACAAGUUCCAGGUCUGGCUGCUGAUCGCCGUGAGGGACCGGCAGCUGUCGACGUUCGUCGUUGAGCUGGCGGCGUGCUCAGUGACGCAGCAGAUGUACGACGAGGCGUCGUUCCUGCGCGACCCGGAGCUGUCCUCGUUCCUGGCGCAAAUCAUGGCCUCGCUGCACGAGUACGACUUGGUGUUGGAGCGAUCACUUACGCGCGGUGUCAAGGUCGGCCGCACGCGGCGCUACGGCGGCCGCGCCAACCAGCAGCCGGCACGCCGCAGCUAGGUCA